GCGCAUGAAGUCUUGUUUUAAAUCUUCCCCUUGUUUCACUCCUGUGGCCAAGCUGAGGGAGAUGAACAUCUGGUUCUGUGCCAUGUGUGCAUGUGAGCCUGGGGACAACUCGCCGUAGAGGAAAGGGAGCACAUCUUUGGAGAAGUCUUGCAGGGUUGGAGUUUGGCAACUAGAGCUGAAGCGCGGAGAGUGAAGCAGGAAUGAUGAGCGCCGCCAGCCUUGAUGAUCCUCUGAGUCGGAGCCAGCCAACCGGGUUGGGCGUGAGCUGCCCUCUCUCGCCCAAGUACAGAAACUUAGGGCCAGGCCUCGCCUGUCUUCAGGAGUACAACCAGUGGUUACCUUACCGCCAUGAUGCCAGCCUCCUGCCCAUGAAAGAGGAUCUGGCCCUCUGGCUCAAUUCCAUUAUGGGGUUGGACCUCACAGCAGACAGUUUGAUGGAAAAGUUGGAUAAUGGCGUUCUCCUCUGUCAGCUGGCACAAACGCUCCAAGAGAAGAUGAUUCUCGCCAGCAGUGACAAGCCCUUUGUCAGAAGAGUGAUCCACUGGCGAGCCGAUGCAACUUCUGGAUCCUUUUUCGCCCGAGACAACACUGCCAACUUCCUCUACUGGUGUCGAAAGAUUGGAGUUGAUGAGGCGUACCUUUUUGAGUCUGAUGAUUUAGUCCUUCACAAGCAACCUCGGGAGGUGUGCCUGUGCCUGAUGGAGCUGGGACGGAUUGCAGCCAGGUACGCAGUGGAGCCACCAGGUCUGGUGAAGCUGGAAAAAGAGAUAGAAAGAGAGGAGGCUGGGUGCUUAUCUCCAUCAUCUCCUGUCUACUUUAUUUAUCCAACAUCUUUGUACUCACCACCAGCAUCCUCCCCACCCCCAGCCCCCUCCCUUCCUCCUUCACCGCCGGCCCCCCUCGCUUCGAACACAACCUGCGUGCCCGGACCCCUUGCUGCCUCCCUUGUCUCUGAUCUUCCAUCAGCUACCACAAGCCCGCUGCCUACAUGCUCGCCCCCUCCCCAGCCCCCCCUCUCAGCCUCUAACCUUUGUACAAGCACAGCCUCAACACAACCCUCUUUGUUCUCUUCAUCCUGCGCCACUGAAACAUCUGCUUCAGCUCUGCUGUCAGACCAAACUCAGGGACCCUCUGCUGAAGUCUGCCCUGCCACAGAAAACAAACUUACUCCUGCAGCCUGCAAAGCUGCCAUCCCCUCCCACCCAGCAACACAGACCCCUCGUUCUUCCAACAAGUCCAGAAACCGGAGGAGCGUGACCACAAGCAUUUUGGAUGAUACGGUGCAAAACAUUAUUGAAAAUCCCCCCUGCAGCUGUCCCACCAGGUUUCCUGUUGAGAAGCAGCCGAAAGGAUGCUAUCGUGUAGGGGAAAAGGUUCUGUAUUUACGGAUGCUGAACGAGCGUCAUGUCAUGGUUCGUGUUGGCGGUGGGUGGGACACAUUCAUAAGUUACCUGCAGAAACACGACCCCUGCAGAGGAGGAGGAGGAGGAGGAGGAAGAGGAGGAGGAAGGGGAACACCAGGCAGGUCUGAGGUCAGGGUCUGUCGGGAUAAAGUGAAGCCAGCCGGCCUGAAGAUCUCAACAGAAAAUUACAUGGUGGUUGGUGUUCACCAUCGGGUAAAGAAGUAGAUUCUCCUACUCUUCCUGGCCUCAGGAAUGGUUGUUUUAAUUAAGCAGUUUGAAACCAUUUUGUUUGAAAUAGAAUCAAACUUUUUUUUACAGUUCACCGACAGAGAUGAUAGAGACGGUCCUUUCAGGGUAUCUGUGAAGUUUAAAUUUGCCUAGUCGUGUAUUUUGACCAUAAAAAGAAAACACACAAAAAACAUUUUUAUCUUCAAAUAUAACAAUAUACGUUAAGCGUUCGUCCUGAUACUAUUUACUUAGUUCGUUUUGAGACAGAAAAGAACUUUGCACCAGAGAGGAUCAGCACAAAUAAAUGAUGUUGUGCCAUCUGCCAGGUGUGCCGCAGAACUAUCAGAAAGCAAGAUGGAGACAAACGGACGCAGCUAGUGUAAGAGCCGGUUGAGUGUCUUGUAAUGCCUCACAUUAAAGUGACAGCUCGUUGUGGUCAAAGACCCACCCGAUCUACUGGGGUUACUCAACCUCCUUCUUUUCGCACCUCCACUGGGCGUUGCUCACUCGCUCGGCUCCAUUGCUUUUCCUCGAUGUCAUGCUUCCGGUCGUGUGGUCUUGUUAUGGUAAAUAUACACAAAAGCGCUUUGUUUACUGACAAAUAGAACCAAAAAUAAAGCGUAAAACACAGACAUAAAAUACAAUAAGCAAUCAAUUAAUCUGAAAACCUUUACAUGCAACCAUAGUGAGCUACUGGUGUAGAAAUUUGUAAACUCCUAGUAUAUAACUAGACCCCUUUGACAAGUGUUUGUUUGCACCAAUUGGCUGGCUUAAAAAUCAGAAUCAGGAAACAACAUUUAUAGCCUCUCAAACAUUUUAAGAGUCCAUAUAAAUAUGAUACUCUGAAAGAUUUCUGCUAUUUUUAUUGACUUCUACAUUGUUUAAUAAAGCAGAAAACCGAACUCCUUGAGAAAUCAGGGAUAAGUACUGAGAAAGCUGCUGUUUGCAGCACUAGUUUUCUCUGUUGGAGUGACCCAUGUUUUACUCCUCUGAACGAGGCCUUUAUCAUGACUUAAGAUCUGGUCACGUUAACUCACCUAUCCCACAGAGGAUGUUCCUCGUCUUGAAAAUAUGCUACGUGUUAUGAUCAAACUGUUUAGACACUUGCCAUAUGUCACAGGUCUCUUUAAAGUGAACAAUGCCAUUGUUUCAGUUUAGAAGUCAGUAAGCUUUUAAAUUAACCAUGAAUAAUUUUAGGUUAUGAAUUUACAUGAUGAUUAAUGUUUUCAGCUCUGAAUGCAAACACGUCUUUUUCUUUUUACUAUAUAAUGAAUACUGUGAAAUCUUGGGAAAGUAAGCAUGUCGUACCAGCAAUAGGUGGUCUAAUCUCGUUGCCCCAUGCCUUCGUCUCUCUGUUGUUUACAGAAUGGGGUUUAAAAUAAAAGAUGAAUCCAUUUUUUUUUUUUGGUGGCUGUAUUAUAUGACGAGGCACACAUUCCUUAAAUUUGUAUCAGAGUAAAAGUGUUAGAGUGAUCGUGAUGUCUGUGACAGAGCAGAUCCACAGCACCAAGACGAUCAAAGUCAAAACCAAUUACCUUGUGCAUGAAUCUGUUGCAAAAAAAUAAUGUAGGUUUUCUGUUCUUUUUCUUUUUUUGGUUUACUGUAUGUUUCAGUUUAUAACCCAAACUGUCUGGGUUCAGAACCUGUCAGACCACAGAAGCUUUCUUACAUCGGCUUUACUUCUUUGCUCUUACAAACUUUCUUCUUCACUAUUGAUGUGGGUGAAAUUACUCCAAAAUAUACAAAAAACAAACAGAUAGAUUGAUUUUUAGACACCUGCCAUUUUCAAAGUUUAUUUCUUUAAAAGUAGUAGGGUUUUGUUUCUAUUUUUUGUUUGAUUAUAUCAUCAGGUUUAGAUCAAUAUAUUAGUGUGAUAACUUAUAAGUUAACUUUUGAUCAUAUUAGUAACCGGCUCCAACACUUAUCAGCUUCAGUUUAAGAGUUCAUAUUGUGAUUCUUAAACUAGAAAUAUUUUGAUAAAUGUACAAAAUUUCAUCAUAUCUCCUCUAACCCCCUGUUACCAUCCUGCUGGUGUAAGCAAUAUUAAGCUUGAGGUUUUCUUCUGUUUUGCCCUUAAAGUUUUACUUCAUAGUGAAAAACACGCAUGGAUACGGAACAACUGUCAGAGACUGAAAGUUAAAGCUGUCCUUGGGGGUAAGAAAGCCAGUAAAGCUGCACUUUUUACAUAUAUUUCUGCACUGAUGAAAUCAAAAUGAAUCCAGGUGGCCUGCAUAUAAUUUUGGGUUAUUAAGGCGGUUAGAUUAAUCACUACUAAUCAGGGAGGAUUCUCAUGGCUCCCUAAUUAGGCAAAUCGUAUUCCCCUCUGACAGAUUUUUGAUUACUUUGAUUAGGGAUAAUAAAAUAUUGAAUGACAUGGAUAAGAUUUUUCAUACGUAAAUAUUUUUCAGCAUUGCCUUUAAUAUCACUGCAUCGUAGAAAACUAUUUUUUGCAUAAUCACCAUUUUUUAUAUAAGUGUUGUGUUUCAUUGAAUGAAACAAUGACAUUGUUUUGAUUUGUUUUUGUCACGGCGCCUUAACCAAAAUGUCCUCUGUAUAUCCUCUGUGCAGUGGUUUGUGUUUUGGAUGAGUGAUAAAGGAUAAUAAAAAUAAAUGUUUUUACUGGA